CGGCUGUACACAUUUUUAGUAGCCCGGAUGUUGAAGUCAAAAUUAUUUCAUCACCAUGUUGUCACAUACGGCAUAGGGUUACAUAUCCAUUAAAACUGUUCUUCUCUUGUCAUGAAUGAAAGGAUGACCUAAACAUGAAGCUUGUUAGUAGAGAUAUUGAUAAAAACGGACAGGGAUGUGUGACCCUGGUCCCGGAAGAGGCAGAAGAUAUGUGGCAUGCCUAUAACCUUGUGUGUGUUGAUGACACAUUGAGAUCAACCACCAUUAGGAAGGUACAAAAUGAAUCUGCCACGGGAAGUGUUAGUGUUAAUAAAGUUAGGACAACACUUACAAUCAGGAUAGAAGCAAUAGAUUUUGAUACACAAGGAUGUGUUCUUAGAGUAAGAGGUAGAAAUAUUGAAGAGAAUCAAUAUGUGAAGAUGGGAGCUUAUCACACACUGGAUCUUGAAAUGAACAGAAAAUUUACACUUGGCAAACAUGAAUGGGAUAGUAUUGCAUUAGAUAGAAUAGAAUUAGCGUGUGACCCGACACAACAUGCAGAUUUGGCUGCUAUAGUGAUGCAGGAGGGCUUGGCUCAUGUAUGUUUGAUUACACCUAACAUGACCCUAGUCCGAGCCAAAUUAGAAACUAAUAUACCCAGAAAAAGGAAAGGUAGUUGCUCACAACAUGACAAAGGCCUCACAAGAUUUUAUGACCAAAUAUUACAGGCCAUUAUAAGACAUGUUAAUUUUGAUAUUGUGAAGUGUGUUUUAGUUGCUAGUCCUGGGUUUGUAAAAGACCAGUUUAUGGAAUAUAUGUUUCAACAAGCAUUAAAGUUAGACUAUAAAGUGUUAUUAGACAAUAAGUCAAAGUUUGUCAUGUGUCAUUCCUCAUCUGGAUUUAAACACUCUCUAAAAGAGGUGUUACAAGAUCCGACGAUAACUUCUAAACUAACAGAUACCAAAGCUACAAGUGAAGUCAAAGCAUUAGAUGACUUUUAUCAAAUGUUGCAAAAUGAUCCGUCUCGUGCAUUUUAUGGGAUAAAGCCAGUGGAGAAAGCUGCAGAGCAACAGGGUGUUGAAGUAUUGCUCAUCUCUGAUGAAUUAUUUAGAUCGAUGGAUUUGAAGGCACGUAAACGUUACGUAAGACUUGUAGAUACAGUUAGAGAAGCUGGGGGUGAUGUGAAGAUAUUCUCUAGUUUACAUGUAUCUGGGGAACAAUUAGGUCAAUUAUCUGGUGUAGCAGCCAUUUUAAGAUUUCCAAUGGAUGAUGAGGAUUCAGAUGAGGAAGAUUAAUAAAUACAAGAUAACUUUUGACUGGUUGGAAUGUAUGUAAGGUUAAUGCUGAUUGGUUAAGAUAUAAGAUGAUUUCUGACUGGUCAGAAUACUAAGUUAUUGAUUUUUUCAUUAAAACAUAAGAGUAAUGCUGAUUGGAUAGAAGAUAUUAUAAAAGCAAUGCUGAUUGGUUGUAAUGUAAGUUUAAUGUUGAUUGGUUAAUCAAAAUGUGUUCUAAAAAUAAAACUGAUUCCACUUUUCAAAUUCUUGAUGAGAAUAUGUAGUUGUCAAUUUUGUCCGAAGUGUAGUGUGAUAAUCUCAAAUACAAGUUUAGGAAAGUAAUACUUUUAAGAUGUUUUUACAUCAAUUGUCUAUUUUUGAAACUUUUUCUUUCAAGUCUUUUUUUCUUUUUGAAGUUUAUUGCAGCAAUAUUAUUUACCUUUUUACCCAGCAAACAGUUGCAUUACAAGAAUUUGAGUUUAUUGCCUUAAGAAUUUAGUAUUGAGCUCAAUGUGAAGAUUUUAAGAAAUGAUGUGUAUAUCUUGAUAAAAUUUACACUGCAAUUUUCAACAAGAUUUUUUUUAGCAAUUUGAAUGUUUUUUAUGCCUUUGUUUAUUGUUAUGAGAAAUAGUUGAUAUAAUUUUUCAUCGUAAUAUUAGUUUGAAAUAUUAGUUUGAAUAUAUAUUCGGCCAUAGGCAUUUAUUCUCAGUGUGUGAAUCUCAAAAAUUCAAAUGGAAAUACAGUCACACCUUUUGUAGAUCAGCCUUUAUGAAGACAACUUUAUUAAAAUAAGUUUCAGUUUAAGAUUCUUGCAUUGGCUGCCAGUGUAGACCAGAAAAUCUGGCUUUAAUCAGAUAGUCCUGUUUGUUCUGUCAGCCAGUAUAUUUAGGUUUUAAACCAUGUUGGUUCUAUUCAGAUGCCUGCUUGUGCUGGAAAUAUUGCUUGGAUGGGCACCUGAGGUCUUCCUCCACCAGUAAAGCUGGAAAAUUAUCUUAAAAACCAAUAUAGUGUUGAUCUGACUUAAAAUCCAACCCCAAAAAAAUGUCAGCCAGUAUUCCAAUCUUAUUCUUGCAUAUUACAUAUUGAUUUUAGUUUGAGUCAUUGUUUAAUAGGAAAAUCGAUAUUAUGUAAAGUUGAAGAAGUACCUGUGUCUUUUCAUUUGAUAGUAUCAAAAUUUUUAAAUGCUUUGUCAUGAAUAUUGAUAGUUAUUACAUGUAUAUUCUCUAUUUAAAAUGUUAAGUUAAAUAUGUUUAGUAAAAUAUGUUAAGUUAAAAGUUAAAUAUGUUAAGCAAAAUAUGUUAAGUUAAAUGUUUUUUUUUCUCACUAUUAUGGAAUAAUUAUGAUUAUGAUGUUAAGAUAAAUUUUUAUUUCUUGGAAAUUGUAUACUAUACUUAAUGCACAUUGAUUAAUUAGAUCUUUAUUUAUCUGAUAUUUUUAGCAUAAUUUUGUUCAUUUUUGUUAGGAUGUUUGCCAUAUUGCUUAUUUUGACAAUUCUUAUUACCAUGGCAAUUGUAAAUCUCACAACUAUAGUUUGCUCAAUUAAACUGUAUUUCUCUGUCUGCCGACAUAGUAUUGGAUAAAUUAUCUGAGGGUUGCUGGUUUCAUCCUCAGAUGAGGUGUAAUUUCUCCCAAGGCGUAAUUUCUCCAAGGCGUAAUUUCUCCCGAGGCGUAAUUUCUCUGAGGCGUAAUUUCUCUGAGGCGUAAUUUCUCUGAGCCAUAAUUUCUCUGAGGCAUAAUUUCGCUGAGGCGUAAUUUCUCUGAGCCAUAAUUUCGCUGAGGCGUAAUUUCUCUGAGCCAUAAUUUCUCUGAGGCAUAAUUUCGCUGAGGCGUAAUUUCUCUGAGCCAUAAUUUCUCUGAGCCAUAAUUUCUCUGAGCCAUAAUUUCUCUGAGCCAUAAUUUCUCUGAGGCGUAAUUUCUCCGUUCUCCAAGGUGUAAUUUCUCCAGGGUAUAAUUUCUCUGAGGUGUAAUUUUUCCGAGGUGUAAUUUCUCCCGAGGUGUAAUUUCUCUGUGACAGUGGAUCUCCUAUGUUGAGUGUUAUAUUUGUUUGGCUAUCAUUGCAGGGAUAAUGAACAAAAAUGUUUUAAAAUUGGCAUGAAAUCCAGAGAAACAUCAAAACAAACAAAAAACUUUGAACAUUUAUUAUUUCAAUUUUAUUGGUCUAAAAUUGAAACAAGACUUUUCCUUCAUAUUGUAUUGAAUAGUCCAUUGUUGAUUUACAGUUUUUUUAUCAAUACUGAAGAUAAAACUGAGACAGUUCUCAACCUAAGAUUGUCUCAAAAUCUCAGGUUGUCUUUCACAGAGUUUUUCUUAACACUUGAGAUGUUUCUCAACAGAGAUUUUGUCUCGGAGAACGUUAGUGAAAGCUGGCCCUGGUGAGAAUGUAAUGAAAAUACAAACUGACCUGGCUCUAUACUGGUGAAAAGACCAGCUGUUUUAUCAGCUAGCUUUCAGAUUGAGAAAGUUAAGUACAUAAUAUUUAGAAACAAUAGUGUUGUGUGUUCAACUUAUGAUUUAUGUUCAUGAACCUUCAGUGCCACAUCCACAAAAAUUAGACAGCCAAUAAAGUGCCAAAGUCUUUUUUUAUCUGAAUUGAAAUAUCCAAAUGUUUGAAUUCUUAAAGGCGAUAUAAAGAUUUUACCUGAAUAUAUUUAAAUAAUUUUUAUUUAAAAAGAAAGACAAGAAAUAACACCUCAUAGAUUUUCAUGUCUAAAAUAAAAGACUGAGGGUCACCUAUAUGGGGUAUUAAUUCACAAGCAAAGGUGGAAAAUAAUGAUGAUCAUUGCCAUUACCUUGGCAGUGUUGCCAUGGAAUCGCAUUCCUGAAGAUAAAUUUUUAUGAGUUACAUAUACUGUGUUUUUUGGGAAAGAUUUUUGUUAUGUAAAACUUAAAUUGUGGAAUUGUUCCAAUAUACAUGUAUAAUUUGAAUUAAAGAAAUUGGUAAUAGUUAAGAUUGUAUAAAAUUAAUUUUAUUCAUGCCAAAAAUAAAAGAAGGUUUCAACUGUUUCUUAAUUUUAAUUUCUAAGUUGAAAAUUUCAGGAAACUAGGUAUUCCCCAUUUUAUUUAAAGCUAACAUAUAUAUUUAAAGUGGCACGCCUCCUGAUAAGCAAUAAAAACUCUCUAAAAUUAAAACCUAAGAAAAAAUUCUUAUAUAAAUUUCAAAACGGACAGGUAUUCAUAAUUCGGGUGAAACAUUAAAAAUGUAUUUUGAAAAAAAAAAUGACAGAAGUUGCAAUUUUAAUCUACAAAAUUUUUUCCCUGUUACUAACAGGUUAAGAAAAAAGUUUUCCAUAUUGAUAAAUUUUCGGAAUUCUGUGAAUAGAAGUGUCUUCAUUUAGAUUAAAUCACUUAUUUUCACUUAUUUUGUAUACUUUAUAAAAUUUUUAUUCGUAAGAACAAUUUUUAAAAAUUUCAUGAAAAUUGACAGAAACCUAGAGGCGUGCUUCUUUAAAGUGUACUAUGUUUUGUUGUUGUUGGUUGUUGUUGUAAUAUCUUCAAAAACUGAACCGGUAAACAGUAUGAUGGUGUUUUGAUAUUGGCAGAUUUAUUAUGUUUGUUGUUAAGUUGUUGAAGAAAAUAUUUUGCUGACAAUUGUCCAUUUAGCUAUUAUAUAGCAGUGCAAUAAAAUUAUGUGAAAGAAACAAAAA